CCAGAUCCACAUCUGGGAUGCUCCCCACAGCAGCUGUGUUCUAACUGGCUGGGUGGGGCUUGGUUGGCUCAGAGCCACUGGUGCUAUCUCUAGCUGGUGUCCCAGACUGCCUUUCCUUCCCCAGAUCCAGGGAAGCUGGUGGGACUGGAGCACAGAGGGUGACCCCUGUCCUACAAAAAACAGGAAGGGACAGGAACCAUGUUCCUCCUGGGCUGUUCUCUGAGGAAAGAGUUGAUCUCCACACCCAGACUCCUUUGUCACCCUGCUGAGGAACAGGGGGAGCCCCCACAUGCCAUCCCAUAGGCCUCAUCCCUGGCCACCCAACUCCCGGGGUGGAGGCAGCCUAGCGUGGCUUUGAAGGGCUGUUUUAUGUGGAAGCCACGCCCCUUCAAAAUUGUGAUGGAGCCUGAGGUACUCUUCUGAGAUUGCCCAGGGCUCCAGUUCAGACUGGGUAUUCCUGUCGUACUGGCACUGGGGAGGAGGUUGCGAAAGGAGGCACUGCCGACAUGAUCCCCAGCCGAAGUGCUUACCGCUGUCUUGGGGACCACUGUCUGCUGUCCUGUUCAACCUCUAACAGCAAGAGGAGAACCCCUCCUCAGUUAGGGCUGGCUGGGCAGCCCAGCUAGCAACGACUGCAGAGAAUGGACUUCGGGGAGCCUGAAGCCAACUCCAGGAAGAAUCACUGACUCCAGCCUUAGCUUAAGCCGACAGUUGUUGGUCCUGUGGCCACUACCCUAUCAUUCCUGUUCCUGUGGACCUGGUCUCAUGGCUCUGGCAAAGGUGCCAGAGACAUGCCUGCUUACUGUGCGCAUCCUCCAGGCCAGUGGCUUGCCUUCCAGGGACCUAGUAACAUCCUCUGACUGCUAUGUGACUCUGAACCUGCCCACGGCCUCCAGCCACACGCUCCAGACACGCACAGUCAGGAACAGCAGAGACCCCGUUUGGAAUCAGAACUUCCACUUCCGGAUCCAUAGGCAGCUCAAGAAUGUUAUGGAACUGAAAGUCUUUGACCAAGACCUGGUGACCAAGGAUGACCCCGUGUUGUCAGUGCUGUUUGACGUGGGGACUCUGCGCGUUGGGACUCAGCGCGAGAGCUUCUCAUUGAGCACUCAGGAGGAUGGGCGCUUGGAAGUUGAGUUUCGACUUCAGACUCUGACAGACUGUGAGGAACAGCUCAUCAGCAAUGGUAUCCUGGUGGCCCGGGAGCUCUCCUGCUUACAUGUUGAACUGAAGAGGACAGGAGAACCAAAGAGGUCAGAGCGCAAAGUUCAACUUGUGGUUGCUGGGGCCUGUGAGGGCCCCCAGGACGCCUCUGCCGGUACUGCAUCUUUCCACUUCCAUUAUCCAGCCUGCUGGGAGCAAGAUCUGAAUGUCCGUCUGCAGGAUGACCCCCAUGAGCAGCUGAAGGUGCCACUACAAACUCUACCCUCUUCGCAGCUGGUGAGACUCGUCUUCCCCACAUCCCAGGAACCACUGAUGAGGUUGGAACUCAAGAAAGAAGAAGGACCAAAGGAGCUGGCCGUGCGGCUGCGCUGUGGGCCGUGCCCCGAGGAGCAGGCCUUCCUAAGCAAGAGGAAGCAGGUGGUGGCUGCCGCCCUGAAAGAGGCCCUACAGCUGGACCAGGACCUGCGUGAGGACGAGAUCCCAGUGAUCGCUGUGAUGGCCACUGGUGGUGGGAUCCGGGCGAUGACCUCUUUAUAUGGGCAGCUGGCUGGCCUGAAGGAGCUCGGCCUUCUGGACUGCAUCUCCUAUAUCACAGGGGCUUCGGGGUCCACCUGGGCUUUGGCCAACCUCUAUGAGGACCCAGAGUGGUCUCAAAAGGACCUGUCAGGGCCCACAGAGUUGCUGAAGACCCAGGUAACAAAGAGCAAGCUGGGUGCACUGGCCCCCAGCCAGCUUUGGCGGUACCGGCAAGAGCUGGCUGAGCGUGCUCGCCUGGGCCACCCGACCUGCUUCACCAACUUGUGGGCCCUCAUUAAUGAGGCCUUGCUUCAUGACAAGCCCCAUGAGCACAAACUCUCGGAUCAGCGAGAGGCCCUGACUCGAGGCCAGAACCCUCUGCCUAUCUACUGUGCCCUCAACAGCAAGGAGCAGGGCCUCAGUACCUUUGAAUUUGGGGAAUGGUGCGAGUUCUCCCCCUAUGAAGUUGGCUUCCCCAAGUAUGGCGCCUUCAUCCCCUCUGAGCUCUUUGGCUCUGAGUUUUUCAUGGGGCGGCUGGUGAAGCAGCUUCCUGAGUCCCGCAUCUGCUUCCUGGAAGGUAUCUGGAGCAAUCUGUUCGCAGCCAGCCUCCAGGACAGCUUGUACUGGUCCUCCGAACCCAGCCAGUUCUGGGACCGCUGGGCCAAGGACCAAGCCGAGCUGGACAAAGAGCAGGUCCCCCAUCUGAAGAUAGUAGAACCACCAGCAACAGCUGGCAGGGUCGCCGAGCUCUUCACUGACCUCCUGACAAAGCGUCCCCUCGCCCAGGCCACCCACAACUUCACGCGUGGCCUCCAUUUCCACAAGGACUAUUUCCACCACCCUCACUUCUCUGCCUGGAAAGCUUCCAAACUGGACGGGCUCCCCAACCAGCUGACACCCGCCGAACCCCACCUCUGCCUCCUGGAUGUUGGCUAUCUCAUCAAUACUAGCUGCCCACCCCUCCUACAGCCAACCCGGGAUGUGGACCUCAUCUUGUCACUGGACUACAACCUCCACGGAGCCUUUCAGCAGCUGCAACUUGUGAGCCGGUUCUGCCAGGAGCAGGGCAUCCCUUUCCCAUCCAUCUCACCCAGCCCUGAGGAGCAGCGGCAACCUCAGGAGUGCCAUCUGUUCUGUGACCCGGGCCGGCCCGAAGCCCCAGCUGUGCUGCACUUCCCGCUGGUCAACGACUCCUUCCAGGGCCACUCAGCCCCUGGGGUGCCACGGACAUCGGAGGAGAAGGCAGCUGGGGAGGUGAAUCUGUCUUCGUCCGACUCCCCAUACCACUACACAAAAGUGACCUACAGCCAGGAAGAUGUGGACAAGCUGUUACGUCUGACGCAUUACAACAUCUGCAACAACCAGGAUCGGCUGCGGGAAGCCAUGCAGCAGGCCGUGCAGCGGCGGAGAACACGCAGGCAGUUUAGGCCGGAGUGACAGCUGAGGGACCCUGGCUGGCUUCCAUCUGGGUCACUUGAUCUUCAACUCCUUUCCCUUCUGUUCUGAGUUCAAGACCAGCUCCAGACUCUGGAGACUCUGAUGUCCAGCACAGCUCCACAAAGAUGCGUGUCUGGGACCUCCAAGGUGACACUAGCCUGUCAGUAGCCCUGUCACAGAGUCUAGGCUGGAAGCUGCAAGCAGAGGUGCUAUGGCGACUGUUUGUCAUGGAUGGACUUGGGGCAGUGUUGGCUGCAUGACAGGACAUUGUGACAUGGGACACUUUACAUGUUACAGGGGCUCUUAUAAAUGGGAGGUGCUUGUGGCACUGUCCCAAGACCA